UGCAAGGCUGAAAUUGUUGCUGCUGUAAAAACUGGAUCUAUUUUGUGAACGUUCACUGGUAACCUGUGAAGGGAUAUAGCUACAUCAUGCUAGGAGCACAAAAGGCGAAAGUGUUGUACGACUUUGACGGCGAAGUCGAGAACGGGGAGCUGGUGAUCAGAGAGAACCAGAUCCUGACCAUCAUCCGGCAAGAUGUCGGGGACGGCUGGUGGGAGGCGGAGACUGCCACCAAACAGAGGGGGUUGAUCCCUGAGGCUUACGUCCAGAUUGUGGAUUCAUGGAAUGUUCCGGAAGAUGCUCCGCCACCACCUCCCCCUCCUCUCGGAGAUAGUUCGAUGAGCCAGUCGGAGGCUGUGGACCUUCCAGCCCCGCCCAGUUUUGAUUCGCAGUCGGCUGUCAGCUCCUCGGGCAUGCAUCACCAGGACAACGAGGACGACUGGGAUGACGAAGAUGACUGGGACGACAACCAAUCGACACCUGAUUACCCUGAAGGAGACCCCAAUGCAUAUUUUGACGAGCAGGAAUCACCGCAGGAUCCAGCAGUCAACGGCUCGGGUAACUACGGCCUGGCCCCACCCAACCGACAGUACAAACAACGCAACAGUGAUGCAUCGACCAAAGCCACGGGCACCGUCAAAAAGAACUUUGCCAGUCGUUUCUCCAUUUUUGCCAAGUCUGGCGGGGAGGCGUACUUGCUGGGAAUCGCAGCCAAAAAAGGCAUGUCACCGAAUGUAGAAGUCCGAAUUGUCGAAGGCAACGACGGGCCAAUGUGGGAAGAUCCAGGGAGGGCGGUGACGAUCGAGAUCAAGAACCCAAAGAAGGAGACCAAGAUGAAGGGAAUCAAAAGCUUUAUCGCAUACCAGAUCACCCCCUCGGACUCGGGCAUCCAAGUCAGUAGGAGAUACAAACAUUUUGACUGGUUAUACGAGAGACUUGCGGAGAAAUUCACAUUUGUAUGCAUACCACCGUUACCGGACAAGCAAGUGACAGGGAGGUAUGAGGAAGCGUUCAUUGAAAAGCGCAUGGAGCAGCUCCAGAAAUGGAUGAACAGAAUGGGCGCCCAUCCCGUCACCGGCCAGGCCGACGUCUUCAGGCAUUUUCUCUCAUGCACAGACGAUAAGAAAUGGAAACAAGGCAAGAGAAAAGCAGAGAAGGACGAGCACGUCGGGGCGGCGUUUCUUCAAGUCAUCCAAGCCCCGGAGAAACCACUAGACAUAGGCGUCGUUGAGAAGCACCAUGACAAUUUCAGCAAGUUCCAGAAGAGCAUGGACCAAAACAUUGCAAUCUCUGUCCAGACCAGCCACGAGUUCUCCAAGAAACACAACGGCCCCUUCAAGAGAGAGUUCCAAAAAGUCGGCCAGAGUUUCACCUUGCUAGCACAAUCAUUCGACUUGGACACCAGACCGCGGAGUUCAGAUGACGAUAGGCCACCCCAAGUGUCGUCCAAGCUGACGGAAGCCAUGAAACACACGGGACAGACGUACGACCACAUCGGCCAACUCUUUGCCGAUCAGCCCAAGUACGACGGCUACAUCUUGGAAGAUUUCUUGCGGGAGUACGCGGGCCUGAUGUCCACCUUCCCCGACAUGAUCAACUUCCAUAAGCACACCAUCUCAACCGUCAAGGAGUGCCAGAAGCAACGGGAGGAGCAGAAGAUGGACUACGAGGAGGCGGACACCGUGAAGAAGAGGGCGGAUGUGGUCUCUUAUGCCAUGAUGGCGGAGAUCAACCACUUUCACACGGAGCGAGUGACGGACUUCAAGGAGGUGAUGCAGCAGUAUCUCGGCGAACAAAUCAAAUUCUACCAGGCCAUCACGUCGAAACUUCAGGAGACGCUACAGAAAUAUGAAGAAAUCUGAACCACUUCUAGGUUUCUUACUUCUCUUCUUUCUUUUUUUACAUGGCAGUGUUUUAAUUGCAUUGAUUCUUGUUCUUAAUUAUAGAGACAGGGAUUUUGCCGGAAUGCCACGGCCUAAAGUUUGGGAUGAAGGUUUAUUUUAGAGAAAAACACAAUUUUUCAGUCAAAAUGGGCAUUGAAAGUUCACUGUUUCACCGAUUUGAAAUAAAAAAAAUCAGAAGUACGUUUGAAGAUCCAGAACAUUAAUCAUUCAUGUAAGGCCUUUUCAUAAACGGAACAACAUUGAAUCAAAUGUUUGUUUCAAAUAUAUAUCCAUUAAGUAACUUACAAAACAAUACUUGGUAUUAAGUUAGUUGAAAGUUGAAAACUUCAGAAGGAGACUCUUUUUCCUAUUUUCGAUUAGUUUUCUGCUUUUGGCCAUUGAAUUUUUUUUACAUUAUCAAUAUCCCCUACUGCCUUUAGAAGCCACACGACACAUUUCAGUGGUCGUAUCAAAAACUGGCGUGUUCUUUUGUUACUGGUUGAGAUUUCCGGCAACGGGUGCUAGCGCGGUAGUGUUUCGUGCUUACUGCCCAACCAAAACGUGGCCACAACGCUUAACCAGAGACCAACAACUGAACUAGGUUUUUGGUUACAACUGCAAAAACUCAACCUACAAUCCCGGCCAAAAUGGUAGGGACACUACUGCCCCGCUCCCCUAGUCAAUGUUGCUUGGACCACAGAACGCACAAUGAGAGACAACAUUGACAGGGGAGGGGGGGGGGGUCGGCACAGCCAGAUUUGGCAGGGAUUGCUGCAGUUUAUAUGGUCGCGUUGUUUCAAAUUGCCGGUGUAGCGUGAAUAUCCGACUCCAUGAAAUGUGGACUCAUUGGUAGUACUGCGCACGCGUGAGUACGAUACUAUGCUAUUUUUAGGAUCGUUUCGGGAGAGUGACCUGUCACGUGCGAGGGAUAAACCAAUAAUAGGGAAAUAGGGGUCCUAUUUUCAUAGGAGUCGGAUUUUCAUGUGACACCGGCACAUUAAAUUUAAGAAUAAAAAUAGCAUUGCAGUUAUUACGAGUUCACUCAAAAGUUGCAGAAUCCAUUACAUUUUUUUUUCUCAAAGAAUUUACCCAGUUCGAUGUUAACGUUUUAAAACUGGGGACUGCCUUUUCAUAACGGCAAUAUAAGAUGGCUGUAUUCCCGGACUUGUUUAACCUUUUUGAGGGUAGUGGGGGGAGCCAUUGGGUUUCCUUAAAAAUUUCUUGAGAAUUUUUCAAAUUUUAACUUCAAACGUAUCGAUAUGAUUAAAAAACAAAUUGAUAUUUUUUAAAUAAAGUAAUUUUUUUAUUUAAAAUAGAAAAACAAAAGCUUCAGUAAAAAAAGUAGUGAGAAUGUACCAUUUUAAGUGUCGAUUCACAAACAUUGUACAGUGUAAAUAUUAACAUGACAAAUAAAUAUGGUUAACCGAGACGGACCUUUUAAUUUGGCAUUAUUUUUUUAAUUCUGCAAACUUAUUUUGAAUUUUUUUUUUUUACUUGAACGAAUGUGAGUGUAUGGUUAACGUUGUUAAUAAAAUCAAAUUCAUUAUCUUCUGUAUUUUCAGGGCGGAUUUAGGGUUAGAAAACAAUGUUUAGGGGUAGGAGUUAAGGAGAAGAAAUAGCUUAAAAAGUAAUAAUUUUUGUUGG